GCCGCUCAGUCCAACUGCAGCCCGUCGCUCCCCUGGUCCUCCAGCACAUGGGGAAAAUCCUUAAAAUGAUGGAAGACAACAAGCAGCUGGCACAGAGGAUUGAUGGGGCCAUCCAGUCUGCCAGUCAGGAAGUGACCAACCUGCGCUCCGAGCUCUCCGCCACCAGCCGCAGACUGGCAGAGCUGGGCGCCAGCAGCCCCCCUGCCUUGGAGAACCACCACCAGCACAACCACCACGAUGACAGCCUUCACUACCGGGAUCCGUCAGUGCAUCACAGGCAGAAGACAGUGGUGACAGACAUGUGCUACCCAACAGAGAUAUCCAGCCUGAUGGACUUUGGCACUCCAGACUGCUCGCUCGGCAAAGUGUUGUUGCGUGAGGAGGUGGUCCAGCUCCAGGAGGAGGUCCACCUGCUGAGGCAAAUGAAGGACAUGUUGAGUAAGGACCUGGAGGAGACCCAGGGAGGCUGCUCUGCCAAUCUGCUCUCCGCCACCGAGCUCCGUGUGCAGCUGGGUGACAAGGAGCAGGAGCUGGACCGUGCCAAGGAGGCCUUACAAGCUAUGAAAGCUGAUCGUAAGCGUCUAAAGGUGGAGAAGGCGGACCUGGUGAGCCAGAUGCAGCAGCUGUACACGACACUGGAGAGCAGAGAGGAGCAGCUCCGGGAAUUCAUUCGCAACUACGACCAGCACAGAAAGGAAAGCGAGGAUGCAGUAAAAGCGCUGGCGAAAGAGAAAGACAUGCUGGAGCGAGAGAAGUGGGACCUGAGGAGGCAGACCAAAGAAGCCACGGAGCAGGCCAACAUCCUGCGUUCUCAGAUGGACAUGAAGGAGAACAGGAUCAAAGAGCUGGAGGCCGAGCUCACCAUGGCUAAACAGUCUCUCGCCACUCUGACGAAAGACGUCCCCAAGCGGCACUCCCUGGCCAUGCCCACGGAGCCGGUGGUGAACGGCAGCCAGGAGUGGGUGAUGCAGGCCGACCUGCCGCUCACGGCCGCCAUCCGCCAGAGCCAGCAGACGCUGUACCACGGACACGCCCCGGACAGACAGGCCGUGGUCAGGAUCAGCCCCUGCCACUCUCGUCAGCCCUCUGUGAUCUCUGACGCCUCUGCGGCGGACGGCGACCGCUCGUCCACGCCCAGUGACAUCAACUCACCUCGCCACCGGACCCACUCCCUCUGCAAUUCUAUGGAGGACCUGGAGGACCAGAAGCGUAAGAAGAAGAAGGAGAAGAUGACUCUGGGAUCCCUGUCGCGGGUGUUCGCUCGGGGAAAGCAGCGCAAGUCACUGGAGCCCGGCUUGUUUGAUGGUACAGCCACCCCUGAUUAUUACAUAGAGGAGGAUGCCGACUGGUGAUGCUGAGCGUGUGUGUGUGUGUGUGUGUGUGUGUGUGUGUGUGGAUACCCACCUGGCUUUAACUGUGUGUGAAGACUGUUCUGUUUGUGGGUUUGUGUGGAGGGAGGAGGGGAGGUGGAUUUACAUGAGAAGCCCUCACAGAGACUGCUAUCCCCAUAAAUGUACAGAACACUCCCCUCAGAUUGUAUGUUUGUAAAUUAGAUAUAUAUUUAUAGUUGUACAUGUAUGCAUAUGUAUAUAUGUUUACAUGCAUAUAAAUAUAUAUAUAUGGGGUUAUUACUAUGUGUAGACAUGUUUAUGCUGUAUUAUCUUCUAAAUGUCUUAAUGUUUUAUGUUUUUUUUAUAACUGGAGACUUGAAGGACUGCUGUUCAUAUGUACAUAGGAGCUAUUGUGAAACUAGUGUUUUACUGUAAAUGUCAUUUGGUUUUUGUUCCAGUUGCUUUGAUCACGCUUCGCAACAUUGAUUUCUACCUUUUGUUCUUAUUCCUGGUCUUUCGGGCCCAUUUCUCACGAUGAAAGAGGAGAUAUGACCUGAUUGACUUGAAAAACAAACAAACUUUGAUUGGAGUUUAAAACUGUUGCUUCAAAUCGAAUUGGAAAAACUUUCUGAGAGGUUCUGCUGCUCCAGGAUGGUCAUUACAUUCGUAUACAUGCUGCCUCACAGUCAGAUGUAUUUACGACGCUGUGGGCAGCAGGGAGCGAGGUUUCCUUUUAAAAUAAUGUUCUCAGUUACUGUAAUUACCGGCUGGCCGACGUGGGUUCUAGAGUCAGCCGUCCAGAGAAAACGCAAUUUCACAGAUCUGAAUACGCGACCAAAAGACGAGCAGUGGUGCAGAUCACGGCACGCCUCUCGCCUGCUGUCAAACACAUGUGCAAGUGCCAAAGGUUUAACACGCAUCCCUGAAUAACGGCCGCAUCAUUCUGUCACUGUUAGCGCUAGCCUGGUAGCACUGCUUCUGCCACUCCUCACUGAGAGCUGUCUAACAUGUGCCAAUACCACACGAAGGAAUGUGCAUUCAACACAUGCAUGCUCCCUCUGUGUUGCUCUGAUUAGACAUUCAUUCAUUGCCAAUCAAAUUAAUAAUCUCCACGAUCCUGUGUUGCUUUAUGCUGCCCCCCCUCCGUUCCCGUUACCCAGUUACCUUUCCUUGCAUUAUGAAUGCAUGGUCCUCCCACUUCUCCCCUUUUGGAUUUUUUAUUUUUGUUUGGUUGUUUUAUUUUAUUUUUGCUGUUUUCGUUUUGUAGAAAUCCCUCCUCAUUUCUUGCAAAUGUGGCUCUAAUAAAUCUGUUAAAUGCUUUGUAAUUUAGGAAAUGUUGCAUAAAAGAGUAAAUCUAUUGAAGUAUUUUAUUUAAAAAAAGAAAAAAAAUGAGACAAACCAGAGGUUACUUCAAAUAUUUAUCUGCUGCAGCUGUUGCAGCCAGAUGUCGAGGAGGCUUUAGCAAUUUUCAAAAUGACAUAUAAUUGAAAUGAAAUCUUAUUUUAAAAAUAAAACUAGUAACUGAACACA